ACGCAGCUCUGUACACAAAGCUUAUUCUCGCGGAAGCUACAAAGGGGUUACGCGGUGUAAGCGGGGGGGAGGCUACUAACUAUCCGCUAAGUAUCCGGUUACUGCGGGGUAAACUUCUGUCUAGGAGUACCCAGCAGCUGCACGUACACUUGCGGCUUAUUUGAAGUUUCAGCAUCAGGCUUUCACCAGCUGACUGUCUGACAAAAUAAUGAACGAUGAAUCUCCUCAGUUUACUAGAUCUUACUUACCUGAACGAGCUUGCCCUUGGCAUGUCAAAACUUUCCAUGUUUCCGCUUUUUGACACGGCUCACUAUGUGGUUUCUACGAUGGCACUGAAGGAGCAGCCAGGAGCUGUGGAUGUGGCCCGGAGGAGCCCUUUUGCCUGCUGGUUCAGCGCCAUGCUGCAUUGCUUCGGUGGGGCGGUCCUCUCGGGGCUGAUGCUGGCCCAGCCAUCCGUGGCUCCCCUCUCCAACACGGGCAGUGUGCUUCUGGCCUCCGUCGUCUGGUACUUGGUCUUCUACUGCCCAGCGGACUUUGUAUACCGCUGUUCUGCUUUCCUGCCGAUGCGGCUGGUGCUGUCCGGAAUGAAGGAGGUGUCCCGCACCUGGAAGGUCCUGGGAGGAGUCACGCAGGCUCGAAAGCAGUACAGCGAUGCCCUGCUGGUGAUGAUAGCUGUUGGCUGGGCCAGAGGUGCUGGGGGAGGCCUUAUCAGUAACUUUGAGCAACUAGUUAGGGGAGUGUGGAAACCGGAAACCAAUGAACUUCUGAAAAUGUCAUACCCCACUAAAGUGACUCUGGUGGGGGCAGUCCUCUUCACACUGCAGCAGAGUCACCGCCUUCCGGUCAAGGAGCACCACCUGAUAUUUGCCUACACUGUUUUUCUUGUCGUCAACAAGGUCUGGAUGAUGCUAACCGGUUCUACCUCUUCACCCCUCGCACCCCUGGAGGGGGCGCUGUACCGCAUCUUCUUUGCCUUGCAACCAGAGGAGCCUAGCUGUGUGACUCGGGUCUGCCCCCCUGUAAUCAAACCUGGGACCCUCGCCCAUCUCUCAGGGAAAAACUCCGACAGCAGCAUCGCAAGCCACAAUGGUGCAGCAGCCUGCGACGCACACAAAGGCACAAACCCCGCAGUGGGAACAGGCGGCAAGAGACCAGCGAAAAGCUCACGCACAGAGACCAGAAAGGACAAGUAGCUGGAAAGUAUGUCCUCCUGCACGGAAUAUGCUUACCUUCAAAGGACACCAGUGGUGGUUUUCACACAUUCCACAUGGACAGUAAUACAAAAUAUGCAAGAAGUGACUACAGAAAUGUAACUAGAUUGUGGUGUUUGGAAGUAUGUACUUUUCAUGUCUAGAACUACAAUUCUCUUACAUACCUUACACCUUACCUUAAAUACUCUUACACCCUUACAUACAUACUAAUUGGAAUAUCAAUAUCAUCAUUAUUAUAAUCAUAAUAAUAAUUAUUAUUAUUUAUUAUUAAUACUUUCUGGCUUUCAACACAUUUAAUUUGUUGAACGUCAGUUGUGUUGUAAAAUGCAAAACAUGGAUUUAAAUGCAUAACAUUAUGGAUUUCAUUUCAUAACAUUAAUAUGAAGUUAAUGUUUACCAAAGUACUUGAGUUCACAUCCAAGCCAGGCCAUUGAGAUUACAGAAGACCAGUGGAAAAAAACAGACCUUGCUUUCAAAGUACAGUUUGAUAUUCAUGAACCAGCUUAUGUCAGAUGGGCCUUUAAAUAAGAUCAAAGGCAAUCAAAGCAUGUCUGUUAAGUGUCAUUGAUUAGAUGAUCUGUUGCACUGUCAUAUUUAUUGGAAAGGAAUGAUUGCUUUCUCUCCACCAUUAAAAAGAUGUUUGCUAAUGGGCCAAAUGUACUUUCACAUAGUAUGGUUUACAUAUCAUUUAAAAUGAAUAACAUAUAUUAAGACUGAGGUGAACUUGCUGAGUUACAUAUGGUUUUUGUAGAGAAUUCUGAAAAUGUAAUUUUUAAAUUUAGUUUGGAAAUUGUAUCAGAUGUGAAAAUUGCAAUGUAUUUCACUUUGUAAAAGAAUAUUUUACCAGAGUAGAGUUUCUGAAGUACAUACUUUAUUUUUUAAAUUAUUGACACAAAAUUAAAUUUUACUGCACUGAGUGAACUGGUUAUUUCCUUUGUGAUUAAAACAUUGGUGGCUGAAUUUUUUUACUGUUUGUGAUGAGAGAUACACACUUAUUUCGGAUGUGUUGAGAAAAUGUAAUUAAACAAUGACAUAUUGUGGGUGA